ACACUGGGGGAACGCGCGCGCGUGUGCGAGCUCGGUGACGUGAACGCGAGACCCAGCUGCAGGAGGGAAUCCCAGAGAGCGCGCGACCUCAUUUCUACAGAAUCCCCAGUCGGGACAGGACGGACUCACGGCAACACACACGUGCACGCACGCGGGUCUGAAUGGUGUACGGUUAAAUCGUCUAAAUGUCCCGUCCGGAUGAGAAAACGGAGCGCUCGAGCCAAACAGGUAUGAGGGGUCUGCUGGACUUCGAGAUGUCGGAGGUGAAACUGAAGCGGAAGCGGCGAAUGCUAACGAUGUGUGAAGUGUGCAAUAUCCAGCUGAACUCCAGCACUCAGGCUCAGAUCCACUACAACGGCAAAACUCACCAACGCCGACUACGGCAAGCCAACCAGGCCAAAACUGGUGCAGGAGCCCGAAAAGUCACAGGAAGUCCAGUCCAGGGUGGUGCUUUGCUGAAAUCACUUCCUGUUCAGGACCUUAAGCGCUUUCUGCCUCUGAGAGCAAACAUCUCAUCACCCCUGAACCUCUUCUCCAACUUCGGCCUGAUGGACCCUGUCCAGAAGGCAGUCAUCAGCCACACAUUCAGUAUCGCACAAUCGCUGAAGAAGAAACAAAUCAUCACCUGCAACAUCUGUCACCUGCGUUUCAACUCGACCAUCCAGGCAGAGGCGCACUACAAAGGGCACAAGCACGCACAGAAACUUAAAGCCAUAGACAAGCUGAAGAGCAAACAACGGAUUCUGGAAAAGUCUGUGUGCAGGGAAAGAGGGAGAAAAAAGCCAGAGGAUGAAAGUGUGUCAGAGAGAACAGAACCAUCACAGGCAUCAAAGCCAGAAGAUGUAGGAACUGAUGGUAUCUCAAUCACAUCUUCUUCAAAAAAGCUGUGUGAGAGCAAGCACCUCUCCGAAUCCCCUGCUCCCGUUCUUCCAUUAGACCCGAGACUCACGUGUGACCUUGAACCCGUAGCGAAGGGAAACGGGAGCUGGAGGAACUGCAGCCGGAGUCUUCAGUGUCCCAUCUGCAAAGUGACCGUUAACUCCGGCUCGCAGCUCGAGGACCAUUAUAAAGGUUUUAAGCACAGACUGAUGUUGAGGCGUCGCUGCACUCUGCCAUUGAAAAAAUGGGCCAGAAAAGUGGAUGCGUCUGGUGCUAUACCCUGCCCUAAACAUCUGUCCCUCAACGCUGCCCCCUCUGACCAAUCACAUCACUGCAACGUAUGUGACGUAGACGUCAACUCAGAAGCUCAGCUCCAACAACACAUAAGCAGCCGGAGACACAGAGGCCGAGCAACUGGGAAAUCACAGAAAAUAAAGUUCAACAACUCAGUGUUCACGACCAAGCUCACACUUCAGAAGGAACUCUCCAAAACGCUGACCUCCAGCUUACCGACCUCAGCCCUCACCCCUGCCUCUCUGUUUGCCAUGCCAACUGGCCCUUUCUGUCUAAGCCACGCCCAUCCACUACCCGCAAUAAUCCACACCCCUCUGUUUAACCCCACCCUCUUCAGACCUGCCCUCGGACCCCUGAGGCCAACUCAUGGUCCGAUCGUCUUUUCUCCAUACUGAAGAGACACGAUUUUAAGAGGAAGCUGCUCAGGAAGAGAAAUUUUUAUAUUUAGGUUUAAUAUUUACUUGAAAAAAUACAAAUAAAAACUAUGUAAGUUAGAACAACUUCAAGCACUUGUGUAAAAUACAAUAAAUAAACUGACGCUGGAAAAUAUCUUUAAUA